UAUAUGUUAAAAGGUUUCUUUUCUAUUGUCUUCAUCAAUUCCACAAUCCACAUGAUGACUAAUGGUGAAAAAAAGUUGCAACUCUACUCUUGUUUCAUAAGCCAUCCCUCAUUUAGUGUUCGAAUUGCUCUCAACUUGAAAGGACUUGAUUAUGAAUGCAAAUCCAUUAAUGUGUUCAAAGGAGAGCAGAGCCAUCCUGAGUUUUUAAAAAUCAGCCCUAUGGGGUUUGUGCCUGCUCUUUUAGACGGUGACAUGGUGCUUGCUGAAUCUUCUGCGAUCAUAUUGUACCUAGAUGACAAGUACCCUCAGCAUCCUUUGUUACCUCAUGAUCUUAAGAAAAGAGCAAUAAAUUAUCAGGCUGCAAAUAUUAUCUCUUCAACCAUACAACCUACUUUAAGGAUACCUAUUUUGGCUUACAUCAGAGAUAACGUUGGUCCUGACGAAAGGAUUACAUGGGUUCAUAAGCAUCUUGGAAAAGGCUUUACUGACGAGAUUCGAAGAGCAUUAUGCAAGCACAACAAGGAUAAUCCAAGCCUCACUCAAAAGCAAUUGCAAGAAUGGGUUCAUAGUAAGUAUGGUUUGCAGGUGAGUCAAGCGACAAUAUCGAUGAAAGUUCUACAAUGGAGCCCCCUUCGCGAAACGAAGCUAUUAAAGCGGCAAUCACAUUGAACAAUUUCUUGUUGAGCUAUGAGAAAACAACACCAGAAGUUCUUACCAUGCUAAGGAAAAUUAGAGACGAGAUUCAAGGGGAAAUUGAUUUCAACAAAAAACAAAAGACGAUUGAGUCCUUUUUCAAGAAAUCUUCAUAAAUCAUUCAUGUAAUAUGCUAUAUAUAAGGAAUUAUUAAUUUAUAUUUUA